AUGGUGAGAGCUCAUUCCAAGUCCACUGGCACGGCUUGGUAUUCACCCAGUUUGGUCCUGCAGAACAUUAAACGCUGGCCUUUCAAACUCUACGAUUUCUGCGUCUGGGUUUGGUCGUUCCUCCUCUCCCGGUUCAGCCUCAGCCUCGUCAGCACCAGGGUGGUCGGCGUCUUCUCGCGUGACGACUGCUUCCCGCGGCUGGUUGCUGAGUUGCAGUCACAGAAUGGAAUCAUCAGGGAGGUCAGGAUCUGCCAGAUCACCAACGGCGGGGAGCAGAACUUCCGAGGCUGCGUCUCCCGCUGCGAUUUCGCAAUCCUCUACCACUCGAAAACAAGAGGCAGGCUGAAUAUCGCCGACGUGACCGACGCGCUGUACGACAAGGAGCUGCGCUAUCUGUCUACACAACUAGGCAAAGACAACGUGGUUGUUGUGGCCGACGAUCUGGAAGACAGCAGCUCGGAGGAGAAGGAAAGGAUCUUGAGAACGCAGCCGAGUCUUCAGGAAUAUGCCAGAGAUUUGAUUCUCAUCAGUAGAAAGGAGAAGGAGCUUCAGGUGACCACAACUUCCCGGGACCCGGUGGGAGAAAAGCUGCGUCAUCUGCUGACGCUCAUCGUUGCCACCAAGCUGCCUUUCUACAUCAUCAAGGAAGACAAGAAGCUGAAUGUAAUCCUCGGGCUUGUGAGAGAUGUUGUGAUACUCCCCGUCUCGGAGCAGAUUCAGCGCAGGUUUCCAUUGGCACUGGUUUAUGGGCGGAUGAAGCCGAUCGCGAGGGACUGGAGGAUGAAUGAGGAGCGGCCCUAGUUCUUGCAGGUUGGGUCGGCAGCUCUCCGCAGCUCUCCCCAGCUCUCCGCAGGAGGCACAUUUGCUGCGCAGGAAUCAUCCGGCGUGGAAAGUAUUAAACGGAUCCAGUUCUUUGUUGUACCCUCCCUGUGACCCUUCCGGCAUCCAGUGCUGCUGAUAACCCAUCUCCUCCGGUGCUCUGACUGCAUCAGUGGGUGAAGCCGGACCUGAGAAUAAAGGAUUAUUCG